GAGAGAGAUUGAGAGGAUAGACAGUAGAGAAGAUUGAAUAGCCAGAGAGGAGGGAGAAAGACUGUGGCAUGAGGAGGCUGUGUAUUUAGGAGAGUCCACAGCCCUCUGGCACACAAGGAUAAAGGAUUGCAGAACGGAGGAGAAGAAAACAAAAAGGACUUGCUUUCUAUUUUCUCUUCUUUUACCACUCUCCCACUCUCCUAAUCCCACCAAAGACCUCGCAUCUAUUUUCUCCUCCUUUUCUCUUUUCUCUUUAUUCCUCCCAUCCAUCCAUCGCUCGCCUCGUCCCAGCAGGAGCAGGAGCAGGAGCACAGCAGGAGCAGAGUUCCCCAGGUUCGGCCGGGUGCUGAUGCUGUAGUGACAGCUGAACUGAGGAGCCCAGGUUGAUGCAGUGAAGAACUCUAUAAGGACACACUUAAGCAAAGGUUGCAGCCAUGGGGAACCUCAUUAAGGUCCUUGGCAAGGAUUUAGAAAACUGUCCACAUUUUUUCCUGGACUUUGAAAGAGAUUGAUGGGAAACCUCCUGAAAGUGCUGGCUUGCGCCGAACUUGAGCAUGGCCCAAUAGUUUUCCUUGACUUUGAACAUGCCCAGCCUACCGAGGCGGAGACAGCCGUGUGGAACCAGGUCAGCGCGGUCCUGGAGGAGGCCCACGGCAUCCUGGCCGAGCUGCAGUCGUACAACGGGGCUGGGCAGGAGAUUCGAGAGGCCAUUCAGAAUCCAGGUGACCUACAGCUUCAAGAGAAGGCCUGGAAUGCAGUCUGCCCUCUGGUGGCCAAGCUGAAACGGUUCUAUGAGUUCUCCCUCCGACUGGAGAACGCUCUUCGCAGCCUGUUGGAGGCGUUGACGAGUCCUCCAUACGCUCCCAUGCAGCACCUGGAGAGGGAACAGGCCCUGGCCAAACAGUUUGCUGAGAUACUGCACUUUACCCUCAGCUUUGACGAACUGAAGAUGACAAAUCCAGCCAUUCAGAAUGACUUCAGUUAUUACAGGAGGACCAUCAGUAGGAACAGGCUGAACAACCAGCAGUUGGAGGCGGAAAACGAGGUCAACAACGAGAUGGCCAAUCGGAUGUCCCUAUUCUACGCUGAGGCGACGCCCAUGCUUAAGACCCUCAGUAACGCCACAACCAAGUUCGUGUCAGAGAAUAAGACCUUGCCUAUAGAGGACACCACGGACUGUCUGAGUACCAUGGCAUGUGUGUGCCGCGUCAUGCUGGAGACCCCUGAGUACCGGUGUCGGUUCACCAACACAGACACCAUGUUGUUCUGCAUGAGGGUGAUGGUGGGAGUCAUAAUCCUGUACGAUCAUGUCCAUCCUGUUGGGGCCUUCGCCAAGACCUCCAAGAUAGACAUGAAGGGAUGCAUCAAGGUGUUGAAAGAUCAACCGUCCAACAGUGUGGAAGGACUACUGAACGCACUGAGGUAUACAACCAGACAUCUUAACGAUGACAGCACCUCCAAACAAAUCAGGGCUCUGCUCCAAUGAAAAAGGAGGAGGAGAGCAGAGAGAGAAAGAGGAAGGAGGAAGUGAGGGCACAUGAAGGAAAGCAAAGAAGAACGAGGGGGAACGAAGUGGCUGAAUCCUGUUCGUUUACAAGAAUGAAAAUGAUCUCCAGGUCUUAUAAAAGACCAGCUGAACAGAGGAAUAAGAGAACGUAUAUAUAUAUAUAUGUAUCAGCCAUCCAUUAAUAUGUCUCUCAUUUUGUAAAAAAAAUAGGAAAGAAAAGAAAAACGAAUGAUGGAAGAUAAACUAUAGAGUUAUAUUAAAGAGCGACAAAGAGAAACAAAAAAAGUCACAGAAGGAAGAGUAACGAGAAAAAGAUAUUUAUGAAAAGUCUACGGUCAGAAAAAGAAAAACAAACAAAAAUGUAAACUGACAAUAGAACACAUAAAAUAGGUUCAUUUUCCGUACAACGUUGAUCUGAAAGAUAUUUUUGCACUCACGUAGAAAAUAAUACUUGCUGUUUCUCGGCCUCUACUGGGAGCAGACUUCAUUAACUGUAAAGAAAAGACUAGACUGGAGGAAGGGGCCUGGUUCCAAACCAAGCCUCAAAACCUUUUAUUUCUUUGGAGUCCUUUUUGACUCUCCCUGAUCUGACAGGACCUGGCUGGUGUUGACAAGACGAGGAAAACCCUUCUUAAUAUGGAGCUUCAGCCACACGGCCGAUUCCAAUCAAAUAGGCCUGUGCCAGAUUUGAGUGGGAGCCAUUCAGAUAUCCAGGAUGAUCAAUUCAAAUGACUUCCUGAAUUGACAUCUCUUCAAUUAGAAUUGAGCACAACAGGAGAUUCAAUAUGAGCCACGUGUGAGGUGGCGUAAACAAGGUCCACGGGGCGUGGGACUGGGCCACUAGAUUGAGUCACUGCAGUGAAGGGUUCAUUUCCAUGUUCUAAACACGCCUCCAAUCCUAGUCUCCUCUCAAACGACACUGAUCAGAACAACAUCCCACAGAUCAGAACAAUACGAUGGAUACACACUUGAAAUUAGAUCUCACUCAACUUUUCCCUUAUUGGAGGACUACAUUUAAAUGUGAGCAAUUCAACAGACGCUUUUCUUCGGGGGAAAUUUACAUUCGUUAGUGCAUACUUUUUUCUCACUGGCCCACUGUGGGAAUCAAACAUAGGAACUUCUUGUAAACGUCAGCUGCCAAUUAAGUUACAGUACACAAGGCAAAUUAAGGAAAGGAGACAAGGAGUCUAGGAAACAGAGUCACGUUAGAGUAUCGAGAUGCACCCAGAGACUCAAUUUUGAUUCUAACGCCUCUCUAACCCUCCUUUGAUCCAAAUCCCUCUCCCUCCCCGCUCAUUCCUCGUCCCUAACCCCUCAACACCCUGGGACCCGUGGGGGUUUUGGCGCUACCAUACAAUGUUACGCCAAUUGCAAAUUGAGUUUGGAAGAAUUCGGCAAUGUAGAGCUUUCUUUAUGGUGCUAAAACAACAAAACUAAGCAUAUAAAAAGUGAUACAACAUUUUUUUUAUUUUUUUUUUACACCUGGUGCCAAAGCUGUUGCAUCCUUAACAGGUGAGAAGGGUCAGGGGUUAAGGGGACACAGGUGAGAAGGGUCAGGGGUUAAGGGGACACAGGUGAGAAGGGUCAGGGGUGAAGGGGACACAGGUGAGAAGGGUCAGGGGUUAAGGGAAUACAGGUGAGAAGGGUCAGGGGUUAAGGGGACACAGGUGAGAAGGGUCAGGGGUUAAGGGGACACAGGUGAGAAGGGUCAGGGGUUAAAAGGACACAGGUGAGAAGGGUCAGGGGUUAAGGGGACACAGGUGAGAAGGGUCAGGGGUUAAGGGGACACAGGUGAGAAGGGUCAGGGGUUAAGGGGAUACAGGUGGCUUGCCUUGUUACACCACCUGACAUCAAUCUUAGUGGGCCAGAAAUGCUGCGGGACAUCAAUGUCUACGGUUCAACGCAGACAGCCAGCCAUCUGUAGGACACAUGCUGUAAAUUGUGACAUGAAAUAGUUGACAGUCAUCCUCACUGGGCCAUCUUGGAUGUUUUGGGAAUCUUUUAUUGUAAUGUCAAGAGAAGGGGUGGACACAAACCUAGCAGGGAGGGGCAAAGGCAGAACACACACAGUUGAAGUACACAAACACACAAACCAAUAUGCACACACACACAUACAUACGCAAAGGCGGAGUCGGUAGUUCACUCAGAGGGUCACGAUGUAAAUAAAUGAGUGAACCGAGGUGUUUCUCAUCAGGCACCAACGAGGCCAGCUCGGGUCCUCCAGGAUGAAAUACACUCAAAAACAAACAAACAAAUGUGCUUAUGAUCCACUAGAGGUGUCUUCUUUUAGUAUGAGGCAAAAUAAGAAAAUUAGAUCAUUGAAUAAGUGGGUAUUUAAAAAAUACAAAUAAAGAAAAAUAAAAAAAAUUCAAAGGAGGUUUAAAAAGCAGUGCUGUACUUUGGAUGUCUAAUAGUCUAUAUUACUUAAUUUGACCUUAUAUUUUAUAUACAGGAAAAUGUGGACCACAUAUUCUGUAUAAAUAUAUAGAUGGCAUGUUGUAAAAGUUCUGACAAAAAUGUGUACAUAAAGGUGUUUUUAUUCAUUUAUAAUUGUUCAGUGAAGCUGAAAUUGGGUCUGUGUUGUCUCUCUCAGAAAUCCUAUGUCUUUUGGGCCAUUGGACUUGCCAUAGCCAUAGGUUUUCAGAAAUUCCAACCUCAUCAUAGCAAAUGAAAUGGCAGGAGGGCGGGACAGUUGG